AUGUGGCUGUACGUGAUAGCAGGUCUAGUUCUGACCCUUAUUAUACUCAGGAAGUGGCUAGGAGCCCGGGGCCCCAACCCCUUGGCCGUGGACACCAGAAGACCCCCAAAGCCGCUGGUUUUUGAUAAAGCGCUGAGGAGAAAGGUGAUAAAAAACGUGUUCUCCCCAGACAAGGUCCCUCAGAACCUAGAUGCCAUCGUCAUUGGCAGCGGCAUCGGAGGCCAGGGAGCUGCGGCCCUCCUUUCCAAGGCUGGGAAACGAGUACUGGUCCUGGAACAGCUUGGCAAACUGGGAGGCUGCUGCCACACUUUCAAUGAGAAGGGCUACGAAUUUGACGUGGGCAUUCAUUACAUCGGGCAGAUGAAUGAGUUGUCCCCGAUGCGGAUACUGGUAGAUCAGCUGACAGACGGGCAGCUGCAAUGGUCAAUGAUGGAUGACCCAUUUGAUGUGGUGUUACUGGGAAAGCCAGAAAACGCUCGACGGUAUAAUAUGCAUAAGGGGCAGCAGGUGUACACAGAGGAGCUGAUAAAAGCCUUCCCGGGGGAGAAGAAAGCCAUCCUCAACUUUAUGAAGCUAAUGAAGAAAGUAUCUGGUCGGGUGCGAGACAUGGCCAUCUUGAAGAUGCUACCGCUUCCACUCGCGCGAUUCCUAAUCCGCACCGGCCUUGUGAAAUGGUUCUCCCCGUUUUUCCAGUACGCGGACAGGAGCGUUUCUGAAGUAAUCAAUGGGCUGACCGACAACAAAGAGCUGCGCGCUGUAUUAAGCUACAUUUUCGGGACAUAUGGUGUGUUCCCGGAUAAGGGCAGUUUUGCUCUGCAUGCUGUGCUGAUCGAUCAUUACUUGCGUGGUGCCUGGUACCCUACUGGUGGAGCCAGUGAGAUUACCUACCAUCUGGUGCCCACCAUUGAGAAGGCAGGAGGGGUUGUGCUGUCCAAAGCAACGGUGGAGCAGAUCCUUAUCAGCAAAGAGGGAAAAGCAUGUGGUGUUGUUGUUAAAUCCAAAGGACAUGAUGCUAUGAAUAUCUUUGCCCCUGUUAUCAUUUCUGAUGCUGGAAUAUUCAACACAUAUGAAAAACUCCUGCCUCCCGCACUGAGAUCCCAGCCAGAGAUCCAGAAGCAGCUGGGAACUCUUCGUCAUGGGCCCGGGGGCUUCAGCCUCUUCAUUGGGAUUAAAGGAACAAAGGAAGAGCUUAAUCUCCCAGCCUCAAACUAUAUCUUCAUGCCGGACACCGACCUUGCCAAGUUAGAGAAACGUUUCUGUGAUGCCCAGCCCGAUGAUGCCCCAAAUUACAUUCCAAUGUUAUACAUCUCCUCCCCUUCUGCAAAGGAUCCCACCCAUGAGGAGCGCUGCCCUGGGAAAUCCACUCUGACCGCCCUGACCUUCACACCCUUUGAAUGGUUCGCGGAGUGGAAGGAUAAGAAGGUGCAGAAACGCGGGGCGGAUUAUGAAAGCACAAAGAGCGCGUUUGCAGAAGCCAUGAUGGAGACCGUCAUAAAGAUCUUCCCUCAGAUCGGGGACAAGAUUGACUGCUACACCAGCGGCUCCCCACUUACCAACCAACACUACCUGGGUGCAUCAAAGGGGGAGUUCUAUGGUGCAGACCAUGAUAUUUCCAGGAUGGAUCCAGAAACCACGGCUGUCAACCGGGCCAAAACGCCUAUAAAGGGACUUUAUCUGACAGGUCAGGAUAUCUUCCUUUGCGGGUUUGCAGGGGCACUGAACGGCGCUGUGGUCUGCGCGUCUGAAAUCCUGGGCAGAAAUAUUUAUUUAGAUCUGCUCAGUUUGAGAAAGAAGAUUAUACACAACCAAGACAGAAAAUCGGAGUGAUUAGAGAUCUGAUCACAAAGACGAGUGGCGUGAUAUGGAGAACAGGAUUUGGACGUGGUAUAAGGAUAGUAAUUUGCCAAUAACAUCCCCCUUACUCGUAUUCUUCAUCAGCUAUUCACAUUAUAUGCCAUACCUUUGAACGGUUACUGUUUAAAGAGACCAAGCCCUGUAUCCUAUUCCAGAUGUAACACA